GGCUCUUUAACCAUGAGCAACCCGUUUGUAGGGAUUGUGGAGCCACUGGACCCCAAACAGCCUCUGAAGAAGUUCUUCAAUCUAAACAAACUGGGAGAUGCAAGAUAUGCUCGUCUGCCGUUUUCUAUUCGAGUUCUCUUGGAAGCGGCAAUCCGUAACUGUGAUGAUUUUCUGGUGAAAAAGGAAGACGUUGAGAAUAUUCUCAACUGGAAAGUGGUGCAACACAAGAAUGUUGAGGUGCCGUUUAAGCCUGCACGAGUUAUUCUGCAAGACUUCACUGGAGUACCAGCUGUGGUUGACUUUGCUGCAAUGCGUGAUGCUGUGAAGAAACUUGGUGGAGAUCCUGAAAAAAUCAACCCCAUCUGUCCUGCUGAUCUAGUAAUAGAUCACUCCAUCCAGGUCGACUUUAACAGAGGGUCAGACAGCUUGCAGAAGAAUCAGGACCUGGAAUUUGAAAGAAACAAAGAAAGAUUUGAGUUCUUAAAGUGGGGCUCCCAGGCUUUCCAAAACAUGAGGAUUAUUCCACCAGGCUCUGGGAUCAUCCACCAAGUAAACUUGGAGUACUUAGCAAGAGUGGUAUUUGAUCAGGAUGGUUACUAUUAUCCAGACAGCGUGGUAGGCACAGACUCGCACACCACCAUGAUAGAUGGCUUGGGAGUGCUUGGCUGGGGUGUUGGUGGCAUUGAAGCAGAAGCAGUGAUGUUGGGCCAGCCGAUCAGCAUGGUGCUGCCUGAGGUGGUUGGCUAUAAACUGCUGGGAAGCCCUCAGCCACUGGUAACAUCCACAGACAUAGUGCUCACCAUUACCAAGCACCUUCGUCAAGUUGGAGUUGUGGGUAAAUUUGUGGAGUUUUUUGGUCCUGGUGUAGCCCAGCUGUCAAUUGCUGACCGAGCCACCAUUGCCAACAUGUGUCCAGAAUAUGGAGCAACGGCUGCCUUCUUCCCAGUGGAUGACAUUAGCAUUGGGUACCUAAUGCAGACAGGCCGUGAUAAAGAGAAGAUUACAUGCACAAGAAAAUAUCUUGAGGCUGUGGGAAUGCUGAGAGAUUUUAAGAACUCUGCUCAGGAUCCAGACUUCACACAGGUGGUUGAGUUGGACCUCCAUACUGUUGUGCCUUGUUGCAGUGGACCAAAAAGGCCUCAGGACAAAGUUGCAGUUUCAGAUAUGAAGAAGGACUUUGAGACUUGUCUGGGAGCCAAGCAAGGAUUCAAGGGAUUCCAGAUUGCCCCUGACUUUCACAACAGCAAAGUCAAAUUUACUUUUGAAGGCUGCGACUUUGAGCUUGUUCAUGGUUCAGUAGUGAUUGCUGCCAUUACGAGCUGUACCAACACCAGUAACCCCUCAGUUAUGCUGGGAGCAGGAUUGCUUGCUAGGAAGGCCGUUGAAGCUGGUCUGACAGUGAAGCCAUACAUUAAAACUAGCUUGUCUCCAGGAAGCGGAGUUGUCACUUACUAUCUGAGGGAGAGUGGAGUUAUGCAUUACCUCUCUCAAUUAGGGUUUGAUGUGGUGGGCUACGGGUGCAUGACCUGUAUCGGCAAUAGUGGGCCCCUACCAGAGUCUGUUGUUGAGGCCAUCACGAAGGGCGACCUUGUUGCUGUGGGUGUUUUGUCUGGAAACAGGAAUUUUGAAGGGCGUGUUCAUCCCAAUACCCGUGCUAACUACCUGGCAUCCCCACCGCUGGUCAUAGCCUAUGCAAUUGCAGGGACCGUCCGGAUCGACUUUGAGAAAGAGCCUCUGGGAAUAAAUGCAUCGGGGAAAAAGAUCUUCCUUAAAGACAUCUGGCCAACCCGAAGCGAGAUACAGGCUGUUGAGCAUCAGUUUGUUAUUCCUGGGAUGUUCAAGGAAGUCUACCAAAAAAUAGAGACAGUAAAUAAAUCUUGGAAUGCCUUAGAUGCUCCUUCAGACAAACUGUAUACUUGGAAUCCCAAGUCAACAUACAUCAAGUCUCCACCUUUCUUUGAUGGAAAAGGAACUCUGUGUCACAUUUUAAAUAUAGCAAGGAAUAGUCCUGCAGCCCGUUAUUUGACCAGCAGAGGCUUGACUCCUCGAGAAUUCAAUUCCUAUGGCUCCCGCAGAGGGAAUGAUGCUGUCAUGGCCAGAGGAACAUUUGCAAACAUUCGCUUGGUGAACAAGUUUAUUGAUAAGCAGGGACCCCAGACUGUCCAUUUCCCUUCUGGGGAAACUCUUGAUGUGUUUGAUGCUGCAGAAAGAUACAAGCAGGGUGGCCAUCCUCUGAUCGUGCUGGCUGGGAAGGAGUACGGUGCAGGAAGUUCCAGAGACUGGGCUGCCAAAGGACCAUUCCUUUUGGGAGUGAAGGCAGUGCUUGCUGAAAGCUACGAGAGGAUUCAUCGCAGUAACCUGGUGGGCAUGGGAGUGAUUCCUCUGCAGUAUUUACCUGGCGAGGACGCAGGGACCCUAGGCCUCACUGGGCGUGAACGCUACACAAUUAUCAUUCCUGAGAAACUCAAACCACAGAUGAACGUCCAGAUCAAGCUGGAUACUGGAAAGACCUUCCAUGCCAUCAUGAGGUUUGACACGGAUGUGGAGCUCACUUACUUCCACAAUGGGGGCAUUCUGAACUACAUGAUCCGUAAAAUGGCAUCCUAAUCCAAACAGCAUU